UGCAGAGCAAGCAACAGGAACCAAAAUCAAGAGCAAAAUGUCCAGCUUCAAGAAGUUCUCCCUGUGCCUAGUGCUUUCCAUUAUGUGGACUUUGGUUGCAGCCAGCACGCCAAUUAGGCCAUGUGCCGACAGCAGCUAUCCCCUGCCUCUGAUGGUGCAAAUCGAUGAUUGCGACGCCUUGCCCUGCGAUUUGUGGAAGGGAACCGAGGCCAAGAUCGACAUCCAAUUUGUUGCCACUCGCAAUACCAUGAAGAAGCUAUCAGCCGAAGUGCACCUGACCUCGCUGGGCGUGACCAUACCCUAUGACCUAGAAGCCUCCCGCGGCAAUGUGUGCAGCAAUCUGCUCCACGGCGCCUACUGCCCCCUGGAUGCUGGCGAGGAUGUGACCUACCAGCUGCUCCUGCCUGUGACCACCAACCAGCCGGAGGUGCCCACGCGCCUGGAGGUGCGCCUGCUGGACUCCGACGAGGAGAAUCGCGUGGUGUCCUGCUUCCUGGCCGACACUCGGGUGAAGAAGCCCAGCUCGGCAUCCUAGAGCAUCCGUCUGUGAUGGUGAUGCUGAAGAUGACUUAUAGAUUAGGCCACAAGACAUUGUAUCAAUGUUCUCGGCACUGCACAUCGACUGAUGGCAAUUAAUAGCGCAUAAGCAGUUGGCACUUAAGCUCGACAAACACUAUUAGCAGUUAUGAAUAAAUAAUUAGGGAAAAUAGUAUAAAUAAUCG